ACAGCAACUGCGGAAGGGACACCGAGUGGAACUUGACAAGAGUCGUCUCCGUGCCCUUUACAACCUUUCGACAGUAACUUUGGUUUAUUUAAUUACACAGUGAAUGCACGAAAAUAAGAGCUACUUACGAGAUGAGACUUCAGCGCAUGUAACAGCGACUCUGCAUCUUAGCUUAGCCGAGCUGAGCUACUGGAGUGAACAAGUUGACUGAGGGUCUGAACAUUUAUUCCAACCACAUUAUCGGGUUGAGUGUUCAUUGUUAAAAAAAAAUACGUUCACAUCCUAUGAUGGAGUCAUGUGGAGUGGUCGGCACCGUUCUGGGAUGCUCUGCGGGUAUUAUGGUGGCUGGACUGGUGUUUGCAGCCUACAAACUUGGCUUAUUCUACCAGUUGUUUCAUAAGACUGAGACCAAGAGCCCUCGCCACGGUGGUGAGAGCGUCGCCGAGGUCCUCCGUGCCCAUGGGGUCAAAUAUGUUUUCACUCUUGUUGGUGGACACAUCUCUCCUAUCCUGGUGGCAUGUGAGAAGUUGGGCAUCCGCAUUGUGGACACCAGACAUGAGGCCACUGCUGUCUUUGCUGCUGAUGCUGUGGCAAGACUCUCAGGCACAGUUGGUGUAGCUGCAGUUACAGCAGGUCCAGGCCUCACCAACACAGUGACAGCCGUGAAGAAUGCUCAGAUGGCUGAAUCUCCAUUGCUGCUUAUGGGAGGAGCUGCUGGUACACUACUUCAGGGCAGAGGAGCAUUGCAGGACAUUGACCAAAUGUCUCUCUUCAAGCCGCUCUGUAAGUUCUGUGCCUCCGUCAGGACUAUCAGGGAGAUCGUGCCUACUGUCAGGAAAGCUCUCGCCAUCGCCCAGUCUGGGACUCCUGGUCCUGUUUUCAUAGAGUUCCCCAUCGACACGCUGUAUCCCUUCCACCUUGUUUCCAAAGAGUUUGGAGUUAAGAACCCCCCCAAAGGCCUUAUGGGAAAAAUUGUCACAUGGUACCUCAACAACCACCUCAUGAAUCUUUUUGCUGGAGCCUGGGAGACCAGAGAUGUGUCUCCACUUCCUGUUGACAUCCCACAAGCUACAGAUGAUCAGGUUCAAAAGUGUAUCGAGCUGGUCAGUCGAGCCAAGAAACCGGUCAUCCUUUUGGGCAGCCAAGCAACACUACCUCCAGCGCCGGUCGAUGACAUCAGGAAAGCAUUGGAGGACCUGGGCAUCCCCUGCUUCCUUGGAGGGAUGUCUCGUGGCAUGCUGGGUAAAGACAGUCCCAUCCACAUUAGACAGAACAGGCGAGAUGCUCUGAAGGAUGCCGACUUGGUGCUCUUAGCAGGAACUGUGUGUGACUUCCGGCUGAGCUACGGCAGAGUUCUUAACAGACGCAGUAAGAUUAUUGCCGUCAACAGGGAUAGGACCCAGCUGCUGAAAAACUCUGACAUGUUCUGGAAACCAACUGUUGCAAUUCAGGGUGAUGCUGGUUCAUUCUUACUGCGGCUCUCCAAAGGCCUGAAGGGCCAUCGCUGUCCUGAGGAAUGGCCUCAAAGCCUCAAAGCAGGAGAUGCAACCAAAGAAAAUGCAAACAGGGCUAAAGCUGAUGAGAAGACAGAUCACCAUUUGAAUCCUUUAAAAGUCCUCCACCGUGUGGCUGAGCUGAUGGCAGAAGACAGCAUCAUUGUUGCUGAUGGUGGAGAUUUUGUUGGCAGUGCUGCUUACAUUAUGAGACCAAGAGGACCUUUGCGUUGGCUAGAUCCAGGGGCCUUUGGAACCCUUGGAGUUGGAGGAGGAUUUGCGCUUGGGGCCAAACUCUGCAGACCUGAUUCUGAGGUUUGGAUUGUUUAUGGCGACGGUUCCUUGGGAUAUAGUGUUGCAGAAUUUGAUACAUUCACUAGACACAAGACACCAGUCAUAGCUGUUGUGGGGAAUGAUGCAUGUUGGAGUCAGAUAUCCAGAGAGCAGGUUCCCAUACUUGGCAGCAACGUUGCAUGUGGCCUUGCAUUUACAGACUAUCAUGUCGUGGCAGAUGGUUAUGGGGGUAAGGGCUACCUUGUUGGACGUGAAGACGAGGACAAGCUCAGUGACAUCAUCACACAAGCUCAAAAGGAAAGCCAAGAGGGCAAGGCAGUACUUCUCAAUGUUCUCAUAGGGAAAACCAACUUUAGGGAAGGCUCCAUCUCUGUAUAGAGAUGCCUUGAUUUCUUCAAAGAGUAUGCUGUUCUUCUUCUAGCUUAAGCUCUCCAUUGAAUUUCAGGCUCAUUAAAGGGCGUUGGAAAAGAAAAAACAGUGCUUGAUGCUGUAGAGCCCAGCUGUGGCUAGACCUAUGCUAAUUCUUUGUGCCCUUAAAGCCAUAUCUCACUUUUGUCCUGUUUAAAAGGCCAUGGUUGGUCAGCCGCAGAAGAGCUUCCCUCAUCAGACUACUCGAAAACAUCAAGACAUCAGAAAACAAAAAGUGUCAUUAUUCCUUUAUCAUAAUCUUGCAGUUGUCCUCAAAAUCUUUUUGCAAAACCACCUGAUUUAUUGCUAUAAAUUUAAUAUGUCAUACCAAUAUUUAAUCAUGGCUGACAGCCUUGGAUCUGAACCCUUCUUUUUGGUUCACAUAUGAGUGACUAAGAGAUCAAAAAUGUCACAUGGAACGCCACUGAGGGGUAAGUGGCAUAAACCAUUUCACUGGCAGACAUGCUAUUACUGCUGAUGGCACGCCACAAGGGGGAAGCACCAUGUACGAUUCAUCUGUUACACCAGUACCAUCUACCACCACAGUGGUGCAUAUUUUAAAAGAUGCCAUUGUUUUACUACACAUACAUUUUACUGUCUUUGUUGACAACAUAAGUGCAGUGCUGUGAUCUCACCAAAUGAAUAUAUCCAACAAACAAUUCAAAGAAACUCCUGCAUACUGUCAUACUUGCAACAAAGGUGUUUUUACUUGCAGCAUAUUUGUACUAGGCCUUCAUCAGGCAAACAGUUUGUUAAAAAGUGCAGGAAGUUGCCACACUUCUCAUAGUGACGUCAAAUCUUAAUCAGCAAAUUAACAAACCCAACCUAACCUAGAGUAAAUAUGAUAAAAGACUACUUAAUACUUUAAAUGAACUUCAGUCAAGUCCAUCAUUAAUUAUGUUAAAUAAGGGGACUAAAGGUUCAGAAAGAGAGUGUAUUUGCAAUAAAAAGUAGGAAAACACUACAGUAGAGCAAAAAAGGGGGAGGGGAUUUUUAAUACUAGUUUAUAAUUCUUGUUAAGUGUCCUACUUGUGAAAAAUUCUGCCGAGAGGACCCUCAAAAUAAUACCUUCCUAGAAAAGUUCAGCAACUAGGGUUCUAUACAAAUAAGCACAAUAAAUAUAUACAUUUUCGUUUAUCUGGUUUUCAUGGGUAUUUAAAGACCCUGUAAAGUGAAAUCCAAAAUUUGUGUCUUAACACACUAGAUAUGUUGAAAACACUGAGAUCUACAUGUGACUGAAUUUUGGAUUUAGACAAUUAGAAAUUUUAACACCUGUUUCCUGGCUUGGUUUGAUUUGGGCGGGGCAAAUAUGUGGGCUGGUGAUGUCACCGGCCUACAAUGGGGAGGUACCCUGCCCCCUAAAGCUACAAUGAUAUAAAAUCACCAAGCAGUUCAUGUCAGUACAGUCUUUUCUUAUUUGAUUUCACUGCCUUUAUUUAAAGUUAGCAGUCAGAUAAUGCUGUUUUUGAUCAUUGUGAGGUAAAUUUGCCAAAUCUAUCAGCCACAGUGGUCUAUGGUCUUUAAAAGCAUGAUAAGAAAGAGAAUAAGACACUGACUUUGUCUCUUCUCUGGCACAGAGCCAGGUAACUGCACUGUGAUACAGGUCACUGUAAGGUCAAGGGACAGGCUAGUAACACGCUUUCCUCCAUUCAGAAUGUAGCAUUUUUUAAAUCUGACACGCCCACACUAUUCUGGAGCAGAAUGUACUGGCUCCUUAUUCAUGAUUUUGAAGUUUAAUUUAAUGAACUUUGAGAUGUUUUAACUGAAUGACAUUUUACCUGGGGGUUCAUAACAGUGGCCUAUCAUACAAAAAACCUAAACACAAAUUUAUUUUCAAUUCAAAGGGUCUUUAAAGUGUGUUUGGUAUCUCUUGAGAUUUCAUAAAAGUAUCUUUGCUGAUGAUACCAGGAAGUUUAUUGCAAACAUAUCCUUGCUAACAGUUAUCUGAGCUUCCUUAACUAGUCAGAACAACAGAGUGCAAUCUAACUCUGAAUCAUGGAAACGUCCUUGACGAAGAAUGAAUUGCUUAUCCAUUGCUAUCAACACUUUAUCAUCAACCUGUUAAAGGUUUCAUUAAGCCAAUGAUUCGCUUGCCUUAAGUUCGUGUUAGUUUAACAAGGCCUGAACUCCAGCGUGAUUGCAGGAAUUGUGUACAAACGAUUCAGUUCUUUUAAGUCUUGCACUCAAAAUGCAGGAGAGGCUGUGUUAAUUUACAUGCAGCGAACGUUUGCACGGAUAAGCACAGGACAAACAAUAGUCAAAAACGCGUUUUUAAAAAACAGCAACAGUAUGGAUCAUUGGUGCACUAACUCCUUCUUAAUCUACUCAUUUUGAUUGAGAAACAAUAUCCUAUAUACUAUGUUAUAUAACUAAUAAAUAAAGUGGCUGGUAAAAAAUGUGAGUAGCCGGUAGGUUUUUUUUUCUACCAUUGAAAGUAGCAGGUAGGUAAAAGUUACUUUCCAACCUUGAUACCACUAUCAUGCGAAUAAUAUAAUCUAUUCCUAAUUAAUGUCGUGACAUCACUAUGUUGCUCUGACAUUGUCAAUACAAUGUUUAUGUUUACAUCCCUAAAAUAUAAAUGUCCUAAACCAAGACAAGUGGAUUUCAAAACUCAACCAAGAUCAAGCCAAAAUCCCAAGGCAGACCAUAUUCAUUUUUCCCUUUGCAAAAUAUCCUCUUUAUCACGUGGUACAGUAUCUUCAGUUGUUGUUUAGUUGUAGAAGUGAGAUAAAACACUGAUGUUAUUUGGCAUAUACACCAUAGUGGUGGAAGAUGGUGUAUGUGAUGUGCGGUACUUGGCUCAGCAUGUCACCAGCCAUGGCACAUGCCGCUGAAGUAAUGCCAAUAUAUAUAUAAAAAAUAUAUAUAUAUGCCAGUGAAACCAAAUUUAAGGCACAUGUCACUACCCCCUCAGUGGCAUACCAGAGGCCUUUUUUUGACCUUGGUGCUGUUGCAUAUCACUGUACAUAAGAUAUUUGCUGCAUUUUCAGAAAGGAGAGGAGUUUAAAAUGAGAAAACUUGAAUUAUUUCAGGACUUUUCAUCUUUAAGGGCUUUGGGUUAUAUUUUUGACAUUCAGACAGCCUGUUAGAACUUGACAUAACUCUUUCAAAGAAACUAUUGUUUGAAACUCAUGUGUGAGAGAAUAGUGGUUUAACUUCUUAAACGUGACCAAAAUGCCUUUUUUCCUGUUAUAUUAUAAACAAAGAGCCUCUUUGUAAGGGAAACAUGAACUCUUACUUGUGUGGUAUUAUUUACCAUUUAUCAUUAUUGAUUACUGAGAAUAAAUAUGAUGAAGGAAACAUUUUUGAAUGUUAAAGAUUGAACAAGGGUAUGCCUUACUAUGUUUGAUUGUAUCAUGGAAUACACUAAUUUGAGUAGUUUAGAAAAAUAUCUGCUAAUUCAGUAAUUUAUGUCAACUGUAUUUAAAAUUGACUUGUAUAAAUUAAUUUGGACUAUGAUGAAAAUAGGCCUAUACACAAUAUUUAUUGCACUGUAAUGAUAACUAUCUUACAUUGGAAAAUGUGCAGAUCAUCUCACUCCUGUAAACUGUUUGCUUUUUUUUUUUAAACGGAACGGAACGUUUUUGAACUAUUAAUCAUAGAAUGCGAGUUUGGAUUUAUUCUGAAAUAAAUAA